AUAUCCACUGGCGCGGUGCGGCGUGUGAUACAGACAGCAUAGGGAGCUGUGUGGAGAGAACCGCUACCAGCAUCGGUAGAUAAGACUACACUGUUUAGGGAAGGCGUGCUCCAGGUGUAACAGUCAUUAAUAUUUCCAAGGUGAUGAUUUCAACCCACCAACGUGCUUCUGAGAAAAUACUGAGACAGCCCGCAGCUGGGCUAAAGGGAGUGCGAAUGUUUACCUAACAAUCAACAAUCUUUCGUCAGCGUAUCGAUAAUACAGGCUAGCACUAGGUCGUCUUCUAAAAUGUUCACAUUUGCAAAUAUCCAGGAGCUCUUCACUAACAAAGACAACGAUUAGUUCCUGUAGUUCGCUAGAUACAUAACAAAACACUUGUGGACAUACCUCUCCGCGAUUGUUAUAAAUAGGUGUAGUCCCUCGUGGGGAUGAUACAGUUUAACACACAAGUAUAUCUAUUAAGUGUUUGAGUGUGUUAAAUCUUCGGACGUUAAUUGACGAUGUAUCUUCCUUACAGAGUUAAGGGUCGGUGUUCUCUAAACGUGCAGUUUGUACGAAUCUGUAUGUGACCACCCGACUGUUAUUGAUCUGAACUUGUCCUUACUCCGUACUCGCAGAUCCUAUUGGUGGAGUUUUACAUUAUAAUUUGUUUCGCUGAAGAUUAAAUAUAUUUAAUUGGUCGUCAUGCGUGCUCGAACUAUCUAGUGUCGAAGUCCUUGACGAACUCUUCAGUGUUUUAGUAGACUAAGUAACGUUCGUAAAUCCUCACCGACUUUCUAUUCUAAUGGAACGGUGAACAUGUGAAGAUUGAAAUUUGAAUAUAUAUAUCUUGUUCUUAAAGAAACACACAACAGUUGUUUGUAAUAAUGUUAUUAGAUAACUAACUCUAUCAAAAUGGGAUGUAUUUACGCAAAAAGAAGGAAAGAAGCAUUACGAAAGGGUUUGGAUAUCACUUCUAACUCUCAUAGAAAGAAAACCUACCUAAAAAACACUAACCAAAGUGACGGCUCUCCUCAACUGAACCGGGGACUUACUGAACCUGCCCCGGAAUUCACAGACCGCCAGAGGGAGUUAGUGGUGCAGACAUGGGGGAUAAUACAGGAAGAUAUGACCCGUGUCGGCGUCGUCAUGUUUAUGAGAUUAUUUGAAACUCAUCCUGACGUACAAGACGUUUUCAUGCCAUUCAAGGGACAAUCAAAGGAAGACCUAUCCCACAGCUCACAGCUCAAGGCGCAUGCGCUCAGGGUGAUGAAUACUGUGGAGAAAUGUCUCGGGCAAAUGAAUGAACCUGCAAAGUUACAGGAAAUGCUCCAUGACCUUGGCACGCGCCACGUCAUGUACAGUGCCAAGGUGGAUUAUAUCGACCUUAUCGGACCCCAAUUUAUCUGGGCUAUCCAGAGUUCCGUCGGGGACCAGUGGACACCGGAAGUGGAACAAGCCUGGUCGGACCUCUUCAAACUCAUAUCACAUUACAUGAAGGCAGCCAUGGUAUUCUGAUUUACCCGAGUCAAAACGAGGCGACGUCAAUCAGAUCUCCAACAAAACGGAAGUACAUAUUGUAUUACAGUGUUGUAUCAAUUGUUAUGAGGUUUUUAGAUACAAUAGCGUUGCUAUUACAUUACUUUAAGUCUCUUGCACAGGUAGAUGAUGAUAAUCUUAUCCGAGCUUUAGCAAAAUGUGCAGAACAUUUAGACGUAGUCAUUCGUCCGAAAAACUCCAGGCAUGUGUACUUCCAACAGUAACCUGUUACAUUACGUAUCGUCUGCCCAUCCUCUUUUCAGGUUUCUGUAGUCAUAAAAAAAAUCAUAUAUAUUCACACAGUAAGCGAACAGUGAACGCCGGAAGUAAAGCAGGUGUGUGGGAAGUGAAAGGUUUGGUCGACCUACAGGUAGGCGCUGACAUUAUCAGGUAUAACGAGAUUCACUGAACAUUAUCAAAAUAAGGAUUUCACAAAGGACUUAUAUCAAUAUUGUUGUACAUAGAAGAGUAGAAUAAUAUGGACUGUGACUUAAACGUUUGAGAACGGACCAAAUCAACGGGUUUUUCAUGAAAGACUUCUCAAUAUUUUUGACUGAAAGCAUUACUUUAUCAUUGUACACAAUAAAUCAAAUAUCACAUCAUAAA